AUGUGUUUAUUUUAGUAGAACAAUUAUGUUUUUUCGUCCUACGGUCCGUAGUAAUUAUUGACGAAAAACGAAGCAUAAUGGUUUGCUAAGUUGAUAAACAGUUGUUUUCGGGCGCAGGUGGCAAAAGGCAUUGCCAAAAACCUUUUGUUCAGGCCAAGCAUCAUCGGGUCGGGAUCUGUUUGGAUGUGACGUGUAGUUCAUCAGGAGUGGGACACGUGAAUCUAGCAGUCACGUUUGUAAGGAAUUUGCGAACUUAGUCACGCUAACAUUGGAUUUUAACAUUCCACAUCGAAACUGGCCUUGAGCUGUGCAGGUCAUAUUCCUUAGUUGUUCGAAACGGUGCAAACAUCAUGGAAAGCAAUAAAGAAGAAGCUCGUCGGUGCAUCCAAGUAGGCACGUUCUACCUUAAACUCGGCAACCUGGAGAAGGCGGAAAAGUAUCUGAAAAAGUCACAGAGCUUGUAUCCGCUACGUGAGGCAGAAGAGCUUCUCUCCCGAGUGAAGGCCGCAAAGUCAAGAACUGGAUCGAAUGGCACGACGACGAACGAAUCUAUGAAACCGGGACAACCAAAACUGAACGUCGACUUCACCCAGGAGCAGGCAGAUGUGGUGAAGCGCGUUCAAAAGUGCAAAGACUUUUACGAGUUGCUUGGGAUCUCCAAGGAUGCUACCGAUUCGGAGAUCAAGAAAUGCUACAAGAAGCUCGCCUUGCAGCUGCAUCCUGAUAAAAACAAGGCUCCGGGUGCAAUGGAGGCAUUUAAAUCGCUUGGCAAUGCGGUUGAGACGCUCACCGAUCCGGCCAAGCGCAAGGCGUACGAUUUAUACCGCAUAACAGACCAUAGUUCCGAGGGUCGCUCGAGGACUUCGGGAAGCUCGGCAAGAGGCUACGGUUACGGUCAAAAUGGAUUCACUUUCCGGGCGGAUAACGGACCAGAUAUUAACCCGAACGACAUCUUUAACAUGUUCUUCGGCGGUGGUUUCCCGCAGCAGCAGCAUCAGCAACAUCACUUCUAUCGUGCUCGCGGUAGCCGCGGCACGCAGUAUGGCGAUGCCAAUAGCGCAACCGGAAGCUUGUUCUACAUGGUUAUUUUGAUUGUGGUCGGUGUAUCCGUGCUGACGACGUUCUUCGCAACCGAUCCGCUGUACAGCCUUCAGCGGACGAACAAGUAUUCGGUCGAACGGCACACGCUGAACCUCAAGAUACCGUACUACGUGAAGAACAAUUUCCUAAACGAGUAUCAAGGAUCGCUCGGCAGGCUUGAGUACUCGGUGGAAGAGGAAUACGUCACGUAUAUGAAGCGAACCUGUAGCAACGAACGGACCUAUCGCGAUGCGAUGAUAGGCCGUGCUAAGAGUUUCGGUAGCCGAGCGCAGUUCCAGCAAGCCCAGCAGCUGAAAAUGCCCGCUUGUGAUACGCUGUACCGGCUGGGUAUUGGGGUGGUACACUAUUAGACGGUGCUGGGUUAAUGUAGAGCGUAAAUACUAUCGUACAAUGUUACUAAGUGAACGUUGUCUUAUUGUGUUCCUCUUUACCAUUGUUUUUAUUAGUUU